CACACACCUACACACUCACACACCUGAAAACUGCACAAAACACACUUACACACACACACACCUGAACACACACACACACACACACACACACACACACACCUGCAGUGCCGCCCCUUACCUGUGCCACACCUGACGCCCAAAUCUGAAGGCGCCCACACCUGCACCGGCCGCCCUUCAGUCAUGUGGGGCCCUGUGAGAGCAGUGGCGGUGAUGGUGGUGGUCCUGCUAACCACUGCCUGCCACGGAGACACACAACAGGGACAGAGAGACAACAGGGGCACAUCGGCACUCCCUAACGAGAGGUCCACAGAGGCACAGUCAGACCCUCCCUUCAACGUUCUUAACCUCUUCAAGACGCCCUCAAACCUAGCUAGUCUAAUCUCCAAGGCAAUGAAGAAGGAGGAGGAAGAGGAGGAAGAGGAAGAGGAGAAUAAAGUGACCAACAUAACUCUAACAAUAGGAAACACUACAGAUGAGGAUUUUGGUGUUGUUUCCUCCACUUCUCUCCCUCCUUCUCGCUCUCCCUCCCUAGCUUCUCUCAUCUCCUCCAUUGCAUCCUCCAUCGCCUCCUCCUCCUCCUCCUCCUCCUCCUCCUCUUCCUCCUCCUCCUCCUCGUCCACCCUCGGCAGUGAUGUUCAGUUCUCGCCAGCCUCCUCCACUCAGUUCGGCGACCCAGGCACAGGAAGCAAGCUAGUUGACCUAUUCUCUGAGAUGACCGAGUACUCAGUUAGUGCCACGGAGGUCGCCCCUAUCGCUGGCGCCGGAGCUGUGGCACUGUUGGCACUGGGGGCACUCUUCGCUGUUCCCGUGGCGCCCGUUAUUCUCAGGCGCACUGGGGCUAGCGGGUGGUCGGGACUGCCCAGCCUGAGUGACGUGUGGGGCUGGUUCCGCGCAGAGGACCCCGUGGCAGAGGCGUGGGCUGACAACUACAACAAGGGGCUGGAGGUGGGCGGAGGGCAGUACGGCGGCUAUGCACAGAGAGAGCACUACAACUAUGACCACUACGACCACGGCAUUAGCGGAUCACAGUCUGAGCAGUACUUUGAGGGCCCCCAUGCCAACCCACGCCCCUCCCACCACUACCCACGGCCCGCCCACUACCAGGAAGGCCCCCCCAGGCACGCCCACACCCCCGCCCCUGCUAAGCGCCGCCAAGGGAACAGAAGAGAGUCGGAAAAUGGUUAUGAAUAUGUGAACCUUAACGAGAUUAACAGGAUCGGCGACGCGUCAGUCCGUCUAUUCGCUCAAAUCGUGCAGGGAAUGGACGAAAACCACCAACACCCUGAUGAAUUUUACCGCUACCCUGACGAAGACAAUACCAUUACACGACGGCGCCUUGACCAACACCCACGCCCACGCCCACACCCACACCCCACACACACCCACCAGUACCAGAACCCUGAGACAAACUACCAGACGUAUGCACAGGAAGAGUACCACAGUGGAAACUACAAGUACCCUUACCAAUCUGAAGGAAACACCGAAGGAUAUUCACUUGAGGAACUCCACUGGUACCCUGGGCAAAGGAAUGACGCUAAGGACACAGAGGAGGACUUCAAGGACGUCCCUCACCCUUACAGAAAGAAGAAGAGGUUUACAUGACUGAUUUCCAAGGUGGGAGCAUUGAGCAAUCUCCCAGUCAGUCCAGCAGUCAGUCUGAGUUAUCCAGUCAGUCUCAGUCACCCAGUCAGUCAGCCCAGCAUGCAGUUAAGGUGUCUGAUUUUCCUUACGAGUUUCAUAAAGAGGAUUAAGGUGUUCAGGGGUGUUUAAAGGGUGUUUGGGGUGUUUAAAGAGUGUUUAGGAGUGUUUGAAGGGUGUUUGAAGGGUGUGUGUGUGUGUGUGUGUGUGUGUGUGUGUGUGUGUGUGUGUGUGUGUGUGUGUGUGUGUGUGUGUGUGUAAAUAUGUGCUUUUCUCAUGUGCACGUGUGUGUUUAUAUUCUGAUGUGCGUUUUAUUUUUGGAAAGACAAGCUCUCUCUCUCUCUCUCUCUCUCUCUCUCUCUCUCUCUCUCUCUCUCUCUCUCUCUCUCUCUCUCUCUCUAAAA